AAAGGGCUCAGAGUGCAGCAGAGGAAGGGGAAUCCUCCGAAAAUGGAGUGAUCAUUUACUUGGAUGGUUUGGGAAUAUAGUGCAGGGGCAGGAAUUAAUUGGGACUGAAAUGACUGGAUAUUAGGAUGAGUUGGAAAUGAAUGGAGAGAUGGGGAUUCACUGGGAAUGGAGAAAAGACAUUGGGAUGGGUUAGGCAACGCACACAAAAUACUGGAGGAGCUCAGCAUCUUGGAAGGAUCUCUGCCAGAAACGUUGACUGCACUCUUUUCCAUAGAUGCUGCCUGGCCUGCUGAGUUCCUCCAGCAUUUUGUUCGGAUUUCCAGCAUCUGCAGAUUUUUUCUCGUUUGAGAGGGAUUCGGAAUGGGUUGAAAGUACACUGGAACUGGAUUCGGAAUAGAGGAACAGGGAUUCAUUAGGAAUGAAGGGAGAGGGAUUCCGCUGCGAAUGGUGCAGGACAUUAGGAUGGUUCAAGAAUAAAGGCACUUUUAAAGACGUGACCUCAGCUGCGGUGUUAUCCGAAGCAGGACUGUGAGAAUGCAUUGAAAUGAUGCGAUGGCGCGCGUUAGGACCCGGCGGUUGCCAGCACGGCUGUGUCUGCACUCUGCAGCGGUGCUUUGCCGACCAGGGUGUGAGGGGCAGGAGGCUGAGAGGCAGCGUCCAGCCCACGAUGCGAAGGGUGCGGGUGAACGCCGCCGCCCUGCUCACCGUUGCCUGGAUCCUCGGUUUGUUCUACUAUCUGUGGCAAGGGGGCAAGCCCCGUCCAGCGGUGCACGGCCCCGGGGAGCCCUUGCAUCAGCGGCAGCCCCAGCACCCCGGGCAGGUCGCCGGCGGCUGGCAGGCGAUGCUGCCUGGCCUGCUGAGUUCCUCCAGCAUUUUGUGUGUGUUGCUUGGAUUUCCAUCGUCUGCAGAUUCUCUCUAUUUAGUGAGAUAACUAAAACACUGCCAUUAGAUAAAACUAAAGUGCAGACCUUUGAUGAGAAGGCCUAUCUCUCCAGCAAGCUCCUGCAGCUCGGAGAAGAUCCCUAUGGGCACCAUGCGUUCAACCAGCGGGAGACUGACAAGCUGGCCAGUGACAGGGAGAUCCGAGACACCAGAAACUACAGGUUCCAUCACUCAUCCACACAGUUUACUGCACCAGUUAACCUACCGCUGCGUGUAUCACUGGGAUGUCGGAGGAAACCAGAGGACCUGGGGGAAAUCCGUGCAGUCAUAGGCAACACCCACACAGCACCAGAGAUGAGGAUCAAACUCAGGUGUUCUUCACUCACGUACGCCGAGGACCUACCUGCAACAAGUGUCAUCAUCACCUUCCACAACGAGGCCCGGUCGACACUCCUGCGCACGGUGAGGAGCAUCCUAAAUCGCAGUCCUCCCAGGCUCAUCCAGGAAAUCAUCCUGGUGGAUGACUACAGCCGUGACCCUGAGGACUGUGAGCUCUUAAUCAAGAUUCCCAAGAUCAGAUGUUUGAGGACCACUAAGCGUGAAGGGCUGAUUCGAUCACGAGUGAAGGGAGCUGAUGCUGCUACUGCGGAGGUCCUAACCUUCCUGGAUAGCCACUGUGAGGUAAACAAGGACUGGCUACAACCCCUCUUGCAAAGAGUUAAGGAGGAUCAUACUCGGGUGGUGAGCCCCAUCAUUGACGUCAUAAGCCUGGACACCUUCGCUUACUUGGCCGCAUCUGCAGAUCUGAGGGGAGGCUUUGACUGGAGUUUGCACUUUAAAUGGGAACAGAUAUCCUUUGAGCAGAGGAUGGCAAGGCCAGAUCCAACCCAAUCAAUCCGGACCCCUGUUAUCGCUGGAGGGAUCUUUGUCAUAAAUAAAUCCUGGUUUAACCACCUUGGAAGAUACGACACACAAAUGGACAUCUGGGGUGGUGAGAACUUUGAGCUGUCUUUCCGUGUCUGGAUGUGCGGAGGAAGUUUGGAAAUUGUUCCAUGCAGUCGUGUUGGGCACGUUUUCCGCAAGCGACAUCCGUACGACUUCCCCGAGGGCAACGCACUCACCUACAUCAGGAACACCAAACGCACUGUGGAGGUUUGGAUGGAUGAUUACAAACAGUACUACUACAAAGCCCGCCCUGCAGCUGUUGGCAAGCCUUAUGGAAAUGUUGCUGAUCGAGUUGAGCUGCGUAGGAGAUUACAGUGCAAGUCCUUCCAGUGGUACCUCGAAAACAUCUAUCCCGAACUGCGAAUUCCAGAGAAGGAGGUGCAUGAAACAGUCGUGAUACGACAGAAAGGAAGAUGUUUAGAACUUCAGAGUCCUUAUAGAACAGCCAACCCCAUCAUCAAACUCGGCCAGUGCUCAGACACUCAAAACAUAAUUUCUUCCAGCCAGCAGGAAUGGGUUUUGUCUGAAUCCAUGAUUAAGCAGAUGGACAAGUGUGUGGCGAUUACAAACUUCUCCACAGAUUCACAGGUUGUGCUGGACCAGUGCAACCAAGGGGAUGGCAGACAGAAAUGGGCACUGAAGGGAGGAGCCAUCCAACACCUUAUAACUGGGGUGUGCUUGGACAGCCAAGCAGCCAAGUUGGAUGCCAACCAGGUGGGCACCACACCUUGUCAGCCCAAGCUUUACAGCCAACAGUGGGAUGUGUUGAAAGUCAGGUGACAUCAGAAGUUGUGUGGCCCAUAUCAACGUGCAUACAUGUGAACUGGGAUUUUCACUCCUGAGAUACAGUUCAACAAGAUGGGAUGCUGAUGAACUACACAGAGAAGAAACAUUGGGUCUGGAGCCUCGACACAACUCAGUAUGGAUGGGACUGGAGCUGUCUCCAACACAAACAACUUCAUUCCCCGGGUUCCCGUCAUAGUGGGCAGGAUGUUAAUGUAAUAUUUUAGUGACCCCAGAGCAGUCUCAGAGGGUUAGUCACUUUGUUCACAUGCAGAGUGUUGCAAGGUCAGAAAGCUAACCUGAUCACCCGUUCCGGAAGUGUUAUUACACCACUACCCUAUUGAUCACUUCUUCACGUUUAAACUCAUGGCGGGUUUGUGAGUUUUUGUUGUUCACAACUAGACUGUAAAUAAAAUCAUAGCUGGAGUUAACAGAUCUUUGGGUGAUCAGCUGAUGUUGCAUGUCCCGGCAGUAAGUACAGAAAAAACAGUCAUAGAGUAAUACAGCAGCAAAACAGGCCCUUUGACCUAACUGAUCCAUAUUGACCACAUGUUCCUCCCUGCUAGUCCCAGGUCCAUAACCCUCCAAGCUCCUCUCCUCCAUGUACCUAUCCAAUUUUAUAAUUGUACCUACCUUCACCAUGUUCUCUGGCUGUUCACUCCAGAUACUGUACUCACUACCUUUUCUAUAAAGAAAUUACUUGUCAGGUCUCUUUUAAAAUUUUCUCCUCUUAACUGUAUCUAUGCCCUCUAGUUUUGGACUUCCCAACCCAGGAGAAAAGACUCUGACCACCAACCUUAUCCGUACCCCUCAUGAUUUUAAAAACUUCUACAAGAUCACCCCUACAGGGAAUAAAGUUGCAGCAUGGCCAAGAUCUCACUACAUCUCCAGUCCUCUAGAUGAUGCAGCAAUCUCUUCUGCAUCCUCUCCAGCCUGACAAUGUACCAGCAUGGCCUAAACUGUACACAAUGUUCCCAUCAACAGCUUACAUAGCUGAAAUAUAAUGUCCCCACUUCCAAAGGCCAGCCAAUGUGCUAAAAGCCUUCUUCACUACCUGGUCUACUCACGUGGCCACUUUCAGAGAACUGUGCCCUUGUACUCCCUGGUCCCUCUGUUGCACAACACUAGUCUGUGCCCUGUCCAAAUGCAUCACCUCACACUUAUCAAGUUGAAAUCAACCCAUCUACCUGACUGAUCGAGAUCUCUUUGUAAUUCAUUGUGACCUGUUUCAAAUUAGCAGGACCCUAGUUUGGGUGUCAUUAGCGAACUUGCUAAUUACACCAUGUACAUUCAUAUCCAAACCAUUUGCGUCCCUAUACAUAAUGAAUGAUAGAGUUCCCAGUAUAGACCUCUGGUGUUUUCAAUCCUCCAGUUGGAGAAUCAACCUUCAACAAUCAUCCUCUGCUUCUAGUCAUUGAGCCAAUUCACUAGCUUCCCUUGAAUUCCAUGCAACCCGAUAUAUCUUCCAGGUAUCCACCAGUAUCCAUGUUACUUAAAAGUUCUGGAAAAUGUCUUAAAAUCUCAUACAAUGGAUAAAUAAAAUCUAUGGACUUUAAUUCUUUUUUUUGUACUUCAGAGACUUCCAGCAAUAAAAAAAAUGGAGUUUAAUAUCCGACAACAUAAAAUUCAACCUCCAAAUAGAUUGUAACGAGAUGGAAGGAGAGGAAGUUACGUUUCCAAGAAGUUAUCUACUUUCAGUUGACCAGUGCCAAGAAAUAAGGCGACGUUUGUCACAUAGUCAACUUGCCAAAAUCACUUGACCUUACAUUAAAGCAGGUUUGGAGUAUGGACUAGUUUGGACAGGUUCAUUCAGGAAGCCAAUGUACUGUCAAAUUUUCCCUCAGUGGGUACUCCCUGUUCACUUUUAAUGAUUUAAGCAGAUUUCCUCAGGUCAAAUUUACUCUACUUUUUGUUGUCUGGCAUUCAAGAAAAUGAUAUAUAACUUAAUACCCUAACUAAAAUUGAAUAAAUUUCUACAUACCUGAAGUGGCACAAAUAGAAACAGGCCGAACAAAGACAAAUAGGAUUAACUCGGGAAGGAAACUUAGUAGGUAUAGGUGACGGCCAGUUUCCGUGCUGUGUAAAGCCCAAUUUGUACUUCUGUGUCAAAUAUACGCCAUAGGUACCACAUACCCUACGCUGUAGGGUGACGUGCACUUUCCCAAAAAUGUACCUCACGCAUCACGGCGAUGCAGACUGCAACAACUGUGAUUGGUCCACUUGGUAGCAUCGCAUUUCCUCCUACGCAUUUCCAGUUGCAUUUCUCCACCGUGUCUGUACACUGAUAUGAAAUAAAUGGUUGGAGACGAUGAACCAAAUUGUCAAAUCUACCUGCUGACAUCUGAAAAUAUUUGAAAUGCAUUUCCUCGUCCAUGUCCCUCACGAAGAAACUCAACACAGUGGCAUAGAAAUCCCACCGCCAACUAGCGUUUUGGCAGUGAAUUGCAGAGCGACGCAGACACAACCACGCAUGCUGGCUAUGGUGUAGGGCUACACAAAAGUAUAAAUCAGGUCCACGGCGUAGCCUGUAUGCAGAAGUGUAAAUCAGCCUUAAAUAUACGACAUCAUUGCAGCAGCUGUCUGAGUGAACGGAGUCAGAGCGGUGAUCUUGAGCCCUAAACUCUUUGAAGCUUCAGCAAAGAGAAGCUUCAGUCAGAGAAAGAAAAGUAAAGCUCUAGGUUAAGUUGUUUUUUCCCUUCCCUUCUUUAUAUCUGCUCAGCUAGGGCAGUAGAGCUGCCAGGCAGGAUUGUAGAAUGCUCCUCUUGCAGGAAGGCGGGGAGACCUCCAGUGUCCUUGAUGACUACAUCUGCGAGAAGUGCAUCCAGCUGCAGCUUCUAACAAUCAGCAUUAAGGUGUUGGAGCUGGAACAGGAUGAACUCCGAUCGUUCAGGAGGCUGAGGGGGUGAUAGGACAUAUAGAGAGGUAGUUACACCCAAGGUACGGGACACA